AUGGGGAAGCCAUCGACGAGUGCGUGGGCGACAUUGCAGAAGAAGAGAUGGCCACUGAUGAUUCUGUUGGUUUUAUCUGUACCAACCGUAGGAAUGAUUCUCGUGAGAUCUACCUUUGAUUCCUGUACUGUUGGUGGAAAGAGAUGCGGCGGAGUAGUUGUCGUGGAGGAUGAGAUCAGUGACGUUAAGAUCCGAUCGGUUUCUCGAUCGAUGAAUCCUCUCGGUUUCAUGAAAUCGAAGCUCGUUUUGCUUAGUCAGAAAGCCAUAGAUAUAGCACUUAAGUCUGAUUUGGUUGUUUUGAAUACUGCUGUUGCUGGAAAAUGGCUUGAUGCAGUUCUCAAGGACAAUGUUCCUAAAGUUCUUCCUAAAAUCCUCUGGUGGAUUCAUGAGAUGAGAGGUCACUAUUUCAAACCAGAUUUAGUCAAGCACCUUCCUUUCGUUGCAGGCGCUAUGAUUGAUUCGCAUGCGACUGCUGAGUACUGGAAGAACAGAACUCAUGAUCGCUUAGGGAUUAAAAUGCCUAAAACUUAUGUGGUGCACCUAGGAAAUAGCAAGGAAUUGAUGGAAGUAGCUGAAGAUAGUUUCGCCAAGAAAGUUCUCCGUGAACAAGUUCGAGAAUCUCUUGGAUUGCGGAAUGAAGACAUACUAUUUGGCAUUAUUAAUAGUGUAUCUCGAGGCAAGGGCCAAGAUCUAUUCCUCCGAGCCUUCCAUGAAAGUCUUAAAUUAAUCAAAGAGAGUAAGAAACUUCAGGUACCAACAAUGCAUGCAGUGGUUGUAGGAAGCGACAUGAGCGCACAGACUAAAUUCGAGACAGAGCUACGCAACUUUGUCCAAGUGAAGAAAAUUCAGAAGGCUGUCCAUUUUGUCAACAAAACAAUGAAAGUAGCACCAUAUUUAGCAGCCAUUGAUGUUCUUGUCCAAAACUCCCAAGCCAGAGGAGAAUGCUUCGGGAGAAUAACAAUCGAAGCCAUGGCUUUUAAGCUUCCUGUACUCGGUACUGCAGCAGGAGGGACAAUGGAGAUUGUAGUGAACAGAACAACCGGUCUAUUACACCACGCUGGUAAAGAUGGCGUUUUACCUCUUGCC